AGAGACCCCAAGACCACCAAGCUGAUGGCAUCUUCCACUCCUUCACCUGCAACCUCCUUGAAUGCGGGAGCGGAUCCUAAUACUACCAACCUGCGCCCUACAGCAUAUGAUACUUGGUGUGGAUGCAUCAGAAAACUGGGCCUGAAGAUCUGUGGCUUCUUGCAAAGGACCAACAGCCUGGAAGAGAAGAGUCGUCUUGUGAGCACCUUCAGGGAGAGGCAGUCCUCCAAGAACCUGCUUUCCUGUGAAACCUGUGACCCGGGUACCCGCUUCCGGCGCACAAAGACCAACUUCUCCGAUCUGUUUGCUCAAGAUCUGCUUCCAGCUAAGAACGGGGAGGAGCAAACUGUGCAGUUCUUGCUGGAGGUGGUGGGCAUCCUCCUUAACUAUGUCCGCAAGACAUUCGAUCGCUCCACCAAGGUUUUGGACUUCCACCACCCACACCAGUUGCUGGAAGGCAUGGAAGGCUUUAAUUUGGAGCUGUCUGAUCACCCCGAGUCUCUGGAGCAGAUCCUGGUUGACUGUAGAGACACCCUGAAGUACGGGGUUCAUACAGGUCACCCUCGAUUUUUCAACCAGCUCUCUACUGGUUUGGAUAUCAUUGGUUUAGCUGGUGAAUGGCUGACAUCAACUGCUAAUACCAAUAUGUUUACAUAUGAAAUUGCACCCGUGUUUGUUCUCAUGGAACAGAUCACACUUAAGAAGAUGAGAGAGAUCAUUGGAUGGUCAAAUAAAGAUGGUGAUGGGAUAUUUUCUCCUGGGGGAGCCAUAUCCAAUAUGUACAGCAUCAUGGCAGCUCGUUACAAGUACUUUCCAGAAGUCAAGACAAAAGGCAUGGCGGCUGUGCCCAAACUGGUCCUCUUCACCUCAGAACACAGUCACUACUCCAUAAAGAAAGCCGGGGCUGCACUUGGCUUUGGAACGGACAAUGUGAUUUUGAUAAAGUGCAAUGAGAGGGGGAAAAUAAUUCCGGCUGAUUUAGAGGCAAAAAUUCUUGAUGCCAAACAAAAGGGAUACGUUCCCCUUUAUGUCAAUGCAACCGCAGGCACGACCGUUUAUGGAGCGUUUGAUCCAAUACAGGAGAUUGCGGAUAUAUGUGAGAAAUACAACCUUUGGCUGCAUGUGGAUGCUGCCUGGGGUGGUGGGCUGCUCAUGUCCCAGAAGCACCGUCACAAACUCAGUGGCAUAGAAAGGGCCGAUUCAGUCACCUGGAACCCUCACAAGAUGAUGGGUGUGCCGCUCCAGUGUUCUGCCAUUCUGGUCAAGGAAAAGGGUAUACUCCAAGGAUGCAACCAGAUGUGUGCAGGCUACCUCUUCCAGCCAGAUAAGCAGUAUGACAUCUCCUACGAUACCGGGGACAAGGUGAUUCAGUGUGGCCGCCAUGUGGACAUCUUCAAGUUCUGGCUGAUGUGGAAAGCAAAGGGCACUGUGGGAUUUGAAAAUCAGAUCAACAAGUGCCUGGAGUUGGCUAAAUACCUCUAUGCCAAGAUUAAAAACAGAGAGGAAUUUGAGAUGGUUUUCAAUGGUGAGCCUGAGCACACUAAUGUCUGUUUCUGGUAUGUUCCACAAAGCCUCCGAGGGGUUCCAGAUAGUCCUGAGCGACGCGAGAAACUACACAGGGUGGCUCCCAAGAUCAAAGCCCUGAUGAUGGACUCAGGAACAACCAUGGUGGGCUACCAGCCUCAAGGGGACACGGUCAACUUCUUCCGGAUGGUCAUCUCCAACCCAGCCGCCACCCAGUCUGACAUAGAUUUCCUCAUUGAGGAAAUAGAGAGGUUGGGUCAGGAUCUAUAAUCUCCCUUUGCAGAA